AUGAGCGUCUUCACCAAGCAGCGGACCACCGGUGCUCGCCUAGGGCUGGUUCUCGUCCUUGUCGUUGUCGUUGUCCUUGUUCUGCCGUUGGCUGCCGAGGCGACGACGGCCGCGAUGGAAGAGCUGGCUGGGGAGGCGGACGGCGGUGGCGGGGAGGCGAUCCGGAUCGAGGGCGAGUGGUGGGCGGAAGAUGCGGGUGUGAAGGGCAAGGGAAUGGUCAAGACACCCGUGGCGCCAAAGUAUGUGGGGACGAUCAAGAUGGGUACGAGUGGGAGUUGGAAGCGGGUCAAGGCCGAUCGGACAUACCUCAACAACGUCAUAUUUCUCGCUGGCACCACCCUCAUCGGCAUGGUCGACGGUGGCGUGAUGGCGCACAAGACGUGGCAGCUGCCGCCGGGCGUCUCGUCGCCCAUUGGCUACUACUCGCAGCCGUACUACGGAUAUCUCGCGCUGACGCCCUCGCCGGACCUGCUCGUGUACUACCGGUGCGACGACCCGUGCUCGGACCGCGGGCAGGACUGCGCGCUCACUCCAUAUCUUAAUCUGACACUGCCAAACGUGACGGCUUCGACCGACUGGGUCGAUCUAGCCACCGGCGAGUCAGAGGUCAACGGGCAGAGCUUCGGCUAUCUAUUUGGCGACGACCUGACCGUCGUCGAGGUCAGCGACUUGGGCGAUCCGGACAACGCGUUUGUGAGUGCCACCUUUUCGCUCAGCGAUCUUGUUCCAGCUGUUGUUGCCAAGUAUCCUUAUCUUCUCGCGGCGGUUGGGACCGACUACAACCCGAACUCGCGAACGCAUCUAUGGAUCGUGCUCACGACCGAAGAUCCUGUGACGGCGAGCUCGCCGCCGCCCGCCGUCGUCCUCACCUUUGCCAUCGGCGUCCGCAAAGUGGAGGUUGUUUCGUUUACGCUGCCGACGCCCAUGGGCAUUGUCCACUACACUGGCUUUGUCUCACUAACGCACUAUGGGGUCAACGGCACAAAUCUCAUCGCAUACGACGACGACAAGCCCGGGCAGAACAUCACAGCCAGCUGGCCUGCGCUCGGUAUGACAGCCUCGGCCUGCGCUGUCGACUCGGGCGCGGCCGAGGAGGGAGACCACGGCAUGUUUGUCGCCUCACGGCUCACCUCUGGCACAGGCUCGCAAAUCGUCAUCCUCGACUCAGACACCGGUGUGGUGAGCAGGAUCGGCUCGGGGCCAUCGACGCCGUCGACCGUCGCCUGGUGCUCGACGCACUACCACUACAACUCCGACAAGUUCAUCGCCUUUGCCGAUCGGAGCUACCACAACAACGUCAUGUUUGUGGCUGGAUCGAGUGUAGUGGGCGUAGUUGAUGGUGAAGUCAUGGAUCAUGCAGCGUGGCUGCUGCCGGCAGGCGUCUCGGCUGCAGUCGGCUACUACGUCGAGCCUUAUAACGGCUAUCUGGCGCUCGCUACGGCUCACAACUUGCUACAGUACUACAAGUGCGAUAAUCCGUUCUCCAACUACCACCAAGAGUGCUCGCUCAAGCUGCACUCAUCGCUCACGCUGCCCAACGUGUCGGCCUCUGCGUCGUGGGUCGACGUCGCCACAGGCUCGUCGCCCGUCACUGGCGACAGCUAUGGGUAUCUGUUUGCCGACGAUCUGACGGUUGUGGAGAUCAAGGACUUUGCCACCCCUGACGACGCCAUAGUGACUCGGACGUUUUCGCUAGCCGAGGUAGUCCCGAGCGUGGCCGUGACAUACCCGUACCUGCUCGCAGUCGACGGCGUGGCGUAUGAUCCGUACGCGCGAAACUCGAUCAUGAUCACACUGACCGGCGUUGACCCGACCACGCCCAAGGGGAAGCAGCCGCCUGGCGCGCUCGUCAACUUUGUGGUCGGCGGCGGUGCAGCCGAGGCGACGGUCUCGUUUGCGAUGCCGACUCCGAUGGGCGUCGUCUUUUAUGGCGAGUGGCUGGCGAUGACGUACUACGGUGCAGGGACGACCGAGAUGAUGGCGUUUGAUUUGUCCCAGCACACGCUCAACAUCACGCUCUCGUGGCCUGUGAGCGGAACAACGACGUCGGCGUGCGCCGUUGACUCGGGAGCGAUCAACAGCCGCGACCACAGUGCGUUUGUGGUCUCGCGCGGAGGGAGCGGCGUGGCGGCUGAGGUGGUGUACGUGGACAGCCAUGCCAAGACGGCCUCGCCGCCUGCCACCUCGAGUGGCGAGCCGUCGUUUGUGGCCAAGUGCACUACUCAUUUCAACUAUGCCAAGUCGGCGUUUAUCGCGUACGUACCAUCGACGGCGAGCAACGGCUCGCAGUUGGUGGCAGUCUUCUCCUACGAUGUGCAAUAG